CUUCCACACUGUGCGAGUUGAACAUCUUGGCCUCCAUUCCCGCGGGACUUGCUGCAUAGUCGCCUUCUGGUCAGAGUACUGGUCUACAUAGCCCAGCUCAUUACCCCCCGAUUCCCUCGCGCUGGCCAGACUCCUACACCUAACCCGCCAAAAUGGCUUCUAUCUACAUUGACGAAGAUGUCGGCAGGGACGACUCGACCGCCAACGGAAGCGAAUCUGCCCCCUACAAGACCCUCCUUCAUGCUUUCAUGCAGCACGCUCCUACCGAUGGCAACCAGUACCUGACCCGCAAGUCCCAGACUGAGCCCACGGAGGCAGGCGCCGAUCCCGCGUCUAAAUUGGAGUGGAAGCCGGCCACGAAAUCGGCGGUCAAGAAGGCCACCAACCUGUACGAGCAACGGAAGAGAAAGGCUGCGAAGGAACAAGAAUUGGCUAUCCGCGAGAAGCAGGAGGCUGAGAAGCGACAGGCUAUCCUUGAGGAGGCGAAGAAGGUCGUUCUUACGGAGGACACCUCACUUCCUAAGCCCACCAAGAUCCGUCUUGAUGUGACUGAUCCGGCCGUUGUCAAGCUGGGAUCCCCCGAGUCUGAGACUCCUGGAACUCGUGUUCGUGUGGUUGGAAGAGUUCACCGUCUGCGUGCUCAGAAGGACGUUAUCUUCCUCACUCUGACCGAUGGCUAUGGCUACCUGCAGUGCGUCCUGACGGGCAACCUGUGUAAGACUUACGAUGCCAUGACUCUUACCCUUGAGACUUCGAUUGCUAUCCAUGGUGAGAUGCGUGCCGUCCCCCCUAAGCAGCAUGCUCCCAACAACCGUGAGCUGCACGCCGAUUUCUACACUAUCAUUGGCCGCGCUGCUGGUGACAAGGAGGCUAUCACCACUAGGGUUGCACCUGAUGCUGAUCCCCAAACCCUCUAUGACAACCGUCACCUCGUCCUCCGUGGUGAGACCGCCUCGUCAGUGAUGAAGGUUCGCGCGGCUACCCUCCGGGCUUUCCGCCAGACCUUCGAAGAGAACCGCAUGUUGGAAGUCACUCCUCCUGCCAUGGUUCAGACUCAGGUGGAGGGUGGAAGCACCUUGUUCGGGUUCGACUACUAUGGCGAGAAUGCUUAUUUGACCCAGUCCUCCCAGCUUUACCUGGAGACUUGUCUCCCCUCCCUUGGUGACGUCUUCUGUGUGUGCCCUUCUUUCCGUGCUGAGAAGUCGCUCACCCGUCGCCAUCUGUCCGAGUACACUCACAUCGAGGCAGAGCUUGACUUCAUCACCUUCAACGACCUCCUCGAUCACCUUGAGAACGUCAUCUGCCGUGUUAUUGAUCUGACUCUGGCUGAGCCGGCCACCAAGGCCCUCAUCGAGAAGCUCAACCCCGACUUCAAGCCCCCUAGCCGCCCCUUCAAGCGGAUGAAGUACUCCGAUGCCAUUGAGUGGCUGCGGGAACACGACAUCCCCAACGAGGAGGGCAAGCCUCACGAGUUCGGCGAUGACAUUGCCGAGGCUGCUGAGAGAAAGAUGACCGAUAUCAUCAACCAACCCAUCUUCCUGACCCACUUCCCUGCUGAGAUCAAGGCCUUCUACAUGAAGAAGGACGCUGAAGACCGCCGUGUCACCGAGAGUGUGGACGUUCUCAUGCCUGGUGUUGGUGAGAUCGUCGGUGGUAGUAUGAGAAUGGACGACUGGGAUGAGCUCAUGGCCGCCUAUAAGCACGAAGGCAUGGAUCCUUCCCCGUACUACUGGUACACUGACCAGCGCAAGUACGGUACCUCCCCUCACGGUGGUUACGGUCUUGGUCUCGAACGUUUCCUGGCUUGGUUGUGUGCUCGUUACACCGUUCGCGACUGCUCCUUGUAUCCUCGUUUCACCGGCCGUUGCACUCCUUAAGCGCUUUGGUGUCAUAGACAGGAUUUAUAGAUACAUGAUACACCGACUCAUUCCAGAUGUGAUAUCGGUAGUCAUGGUAAUACUCUCUGAUAUCGACUAUGAAAGCAAAUCGUCAUGUUUCAUUCAAUUCUGGUCACAGGGCCUAUCGUAAAGUAUAAUUCCGAUUGCUU